GAGAGAGAGAGUUGUGUUGCUUGACAAAUGAGGUUCAUUCCACUUUUAGCAUAGAACGCUGACAGUUGCAUAUGCCCGGUGCUUUUUUAAACAAAAUAUAAGUCACUAGUAUUGUACUGAAAAUAAUGGACACUAAAGGGAAAUAUACAGAGACACCAAUGUCCUUGGAGCAGUUUCACAUCUCUGAGGAUUAUGGGUUUAUUCUUCCUGAACCUCUGAAUGACCUUCCGUUAUACUACAAGCCCUGGAUGGACAUUGCCAGAAAUAUGCCAGAUCUCAUCUCUUCCCAUUCUUUGCGCCUCCGUAUUCAUAAUAUGCCUCUGUUGGAGACUCAUUUGUUGGGGACACAUUGUGAGCUGCGUUUGGCCCAUCUGGCUUUGAGCAUGAUGACUAUGGGUUAUGUAUGGCAGGAGGGAGAGAGAGAAACAGUAAAAGUGCUUCCGCGGAGUCUGUCCGUGCCGCUCUGUGAGGUGUCUCAGAGACUGGGUCUGCCCCCGAUUCUCAUCCACGCUGACACAGUCCUCGCCAACUGGAGGAGAAGAGAUCCAGAUGGACCAUUUUCCAUGGAGAACUUGGAGUUGUUGCUGACAUUGCCUGGUGGGGAAAGUGUGAGAGGUUUUUUUCUGGUGACAGUGCUGGUGGAGUUGGCAGGUGUUCCUGGCCUGAAGUCUAUCAUUGAUGUCAUCAAUGGCAUCCAUUAUAAUGAUGUUGCUAUGGUCACCAAAGCUCUGGAUGUUGUCAGUCAGGCCAUAGACAGCAUGAAACAGGCCUUUAAACUAAUGCAUGAAUAUGUAGAUCCCUCCAUAUUCUAUGGCAUUAUUAGGAUCUAUCUGUCCGGAUGGAAAGAUAAUCCAUCAAUGCCAGACGGUCUCGUGUACGAGGGAGUUCAGGAGCAGCCAAUGGAGUUUUCAGGUGGCAGUGCUGCUCAGAGUAGUAUCUUACACUGCUUUGAUGAGCUGCUGGGAGUCCAACAUGAAGGAAGCAGCGGAGCCUUCCUGAGAAGAAUGAGGGACUACAUGCCGCCCUCUCAUAAGCAUUUCAUUGAAAACAUCUCUAGUCACCCGUCUCUGCGCAGCUUUGUGCUUCAGCAAGCGGAUGAAGGUCUAACACGUGCAUUUGAUCUGUGUGUGGCUCGCUUGGUGGACUUUAGGAAUUUCCACAUCAACACUGUCACUCGUUUCAUCACUAUCCCGGCCUCCCGUGCCAAACAGCUCCGUGCCAACAAGCAGGGUAUGACCGAGGAUCUGGAUGCGAUCAGAAGAGCACCAACAGCACUGGAGGAAAGAGGUACUGGAGGGUCAGGGAUCAUCACCUUUCUGAAGACAGUGCGUGAUGAAACCAAAGAAAUUUCCAUCUCGCAGUGCACUAAUGGGAACCAAGUUUUGCCAGACCGAUCAAUGACAGAAAUACAGAAGGCUGCAUCUGAGCUCACAACAGAAUGAUAAUAGCACCAAAGUAUUAUCACCAAAGUAAAUCAUGCAAUAUGCUAAAAGGGGUUUUAUAGGUCCUAACAUAUGUAAUUUAGGGUGAGAUUACAAUUAUAGACAGCAGUAAUUCCCAUUUACUGUAUAACACAAACAAACACUGACUCCCUCUUUACUUACUUUAGUAAGGGCUUAAUUCAAACUCUCUUUAACAAUGUGACUCCUGAAUAAUGAGGAUAUAUUUGUGUUUCCUCACAUUUUUAAAGACAAAAUUUAAGGGCAUAAUUUGGGUUUAAAAGUAAGCACUAAAUCAUUAAAAAAAAAAUCCAGAUUUGAUAUAUGAAUAAUUUAAAGGGAUAGUUCACUCAAAAUAAUGACAAUUCUGUCAUUAAUUACUCACC